CGGUUCCUGCUCUGUAGACGGCACAUUCGCCAUUUUGUUCCAGUCGAGAGGGUGACCUACAUUCAGUUGCAUCUUACUACUGGCAUAAACAACAACGCCGACACCUAUACAAGAAUAACAAAACUAGAAAACAACUAUGAGUGGCUGUCGUGUCUUCAUCGGCCGCUUGAGCGCACACGCCAGAGAGAGAGACAUAGAGAAAUUUUUCAAGGGAUAUGGACGAAUCCGAGAGAUCAACUUGAAGAAUGGAUUUGGCUUUGUGGAAUUUGAUGACCACAGAGAUGCGGAUGAUGCCGUUUAUGAAUUGAAUGGCAAAGAAUUGUGUAGUGAAAGGGUCACCAUUGAGCAUGCUCGUUCCAGGAGAGGAAGAGGAGGCGGCGGCGGUGGCGGCGGUGGUCCUGGAAUGGGACGCUUUAGCGGCAGCUAUCGCCAACCUCGCAGUAGCGGAUCCAGAUAUGGCCCUCCUAUGCGAACGGACCACAGGCUCGUUGUGGAGAACCUUUCGUCACGAAUUAGCUGGCAGGACCUGAAAGACAUGAUGAGAAAAGCGGGGGAGGUUACGUUUGUGGAUGCACACAGACCCAUCAAAAACGAAGGGGUGGUUGAGUUUGCGUCUCGCAGUGACAUGAAGAAUGCCAUCUCCAAAUUUGAUGGGACAGAACUGAAUGGACGCAAGCUGAAGAUCUUUGAGGACCACAAGAGGAGUCGCUCCCGUAGCUAUUCCCGCUCCAGGAGCCGGAGUCGCAGCCGCUCCAGGAGCCGGAGUCGCAGCCGCAGCCGCUCCCGGAGCCGCAGCCGUAGUCGCUCCAGGUCCGCCAGCCGCACCCCAGAAAAGAAGACAGACGGAGACAAACCCGCGGCUAGGUCCCCCUCCAGGUCCAAGUCUCGUUCUAAAUCCCGCUCCAAGUCUCGUUCUCAGUCACCUGCUCCCAUUCAGAACAAACAGUCCCGUUCCCGUUCUCGAUCCCGUUCGCGUUCCCGUUCCCGCUCCCGCUCCCGUUCCCGCUCUGCCUCAGCAGACAGUAAACAGUGAGAUGGUCCUGAGAUGGAAAAAUAGUUGUUCAUUGGCCCAAAUGAUUUAUUUUGUUUUGUUUUUUUAAAGGUGAAAUGGCCUUUUUCCAUGGUUUCAUUUGAUAAACACCUUCAGUCAUUAAAGUGGAUGUUUGGCUUUGAUUUCUAUUUACUUUUUUUUUUUUUUUUCAAUCCUUAGUUUUUGUUUUUUUUUGUGCUGAAGCGAAAUCUUAUGAUUUAAGCAUUUGCCUCUUAAAGGCCUCAUAUCAUCAGUAAUACCUGACAGUCCUGGGGUCUGCUCCAGUUGUCAGCUGUGUUUUGAUUACAUCAACAUUGUGCUUUUCUAAGUCUUAGUGGGAAUUCUGUUGGUUCCCCGAAACUAUUUUAUUUUGAAAACAAGCUCCUCUCUUUACUGUGAAACAUGGAUUACACCUUUGAUGAGGAGCUCCUGUGUGUUGCUCUUUGACUGCUCUGAUGUCUGAACAGGACUUUUAAGAAGGGCAUUUAUUUCAGCUUUUCUUGUGUCAUUGUUUUAGAUUCUGGCAUUUUCACAAACAUUUUAUUAUUGUAGGUGUUUUCUUUGCUUUUUUUUGUGACAGAUUCCUUUAUAAUUUACUUUGUCUCCAGUCUGAGACACGGAGGAUGUCUACAAAUGGUAAUGAUUUGAUACUAAUAAAAACAGACUGUGUAUUAUA